AUGUCUAAGAAAUACGAAGAACGGCCUCCACCUCCAGCCUACGGCUCGGACGGUCCUGGUCAAAACCCCGCACCCGUCAUGCCCCAAGCAGCCUAUAUGCAACCUACCCCUUCGCCUCAGCCUCAAUAUCAGCAACAGCCAUAUCAACAGCCGUAUCCUCAGCAAUAUCCACCACCAGGGCAACAAUACCCUCAACAAGGAUAUCCAUCACAAGGAGGAUACUAUGCCCCAGGCCCGCAGAUGGGAUAUCAGCAACAACCGCAAUACGGAUACCAACAGCCUUAUGGGUAUCAGCAGGGAUAUGGACAACAACCCUAUGGACAACAGCAGAGGGGUUCUUCUAGUGAAGGUUUUUUGGGGGCUUGCUUGGGAGCUUUAGCUUGUUGCUGUUGUUUGGAUUUAUUGUUUUAA